AUGUCUUCUCCAGCAGCAAGCGAGGAGGGACGUGGAUCCUACGAGAAGCCCGUGACAACAAAAGACAUUGCCAAUCUCUACUCGCAUCUGCAGACCAUGAUCGACAACGUGCCCAAAUCACCUCGACUCGAAACAAAAAACGACUUUCCUAUCACGCCCACCACUUCUUCAAGUUUGAAUAGAAGUACACCCUUGAAGCCUGAUUGUCCUUGUCAUCACAUCUUGGUUUCCAAAGACUCCAAGCACUGUGCACUGUGUGAUGAUGUUAUACCCAUUCUAUCAGAAAUACAGCAAGACCGAGAAAGGAAGCGCAAGAAUAUCUCUGAACUGAAAGAUAAACUCACAAUGGAGCAAGCUAAAUCAAAGACGAAUCAAAACGAACUAGCCGCUCAGCAGAAAAAAUACCAAGAGACAAGAGAUCAGUUGCAAAAGACCAAGGAGCAAUAUGCCAACAUGAAAAGAGACAUGGCCGUUUUACAGCAGAAAUAUGAAACUGAAAAGAAGGAGGCAGACAAGGCAAAGCAGGCCAAAGCAGAUGUGGAGAAUGAACUGGAGGAAUUAUCGCAGAAGCUGUUUGAGGAAGCGAAUGGUAUGGUAGCUACAGAAAAGAGAGCAAAGCACCUGCUUGAAAUUCAGUAUCAGCAUUUGAAGCAAGAAUUGGAGCACUGCAGACAUCAGAUGGAAGUGGAAGAGAUGCAACUCAAAGAACUGAAAUUGAAAAUGGGAGACAUGGAAGAGCAGCAUAAAAGAGAGCAUCGACUCAGCACCAAUGGUAGCUGCAUUUCUACUGCUUCAGAGGAGGAGGAUAGCCAAAACAAGCGAGCAUCGAGAGACAUGGCGGGCCUAUUCAAUCACCAGGACGACACACAAGAGGAGGAUCCAACUGACCCCCUGGUUUUGAACGAAUUCAAGGAAUUUGCUGAAUCAGGUGAAUCAGUGCCUAUUCGAAAACUUCAUGGGACACCUUACAUGAAGAAUAGUCUGACCGAGGAUGUUGAACCCUGUCUCCGAUUUGGACCCAAUUCUCGGCUAUCAGCAAAGAAACUAUAUGAAGCCAUCUUGUUGAACACAUGUUUCAUAGAGGAAGCGCCAUAUGGAUUUGCACAAGACCAAGCGAAAAGACCGUACGAUGUUCCUCUUAAAAUAUCAGCAGCGAAAAAUAUGAUCUGGGAGCGACUCAGCACACCUGCCACAGCCCCAUUUUCUGGAUGUCAGGCAUGCGGAAGGAAUACGACAGAUUUGCCAUAUCGAUUCCGUAUCUCCAUGUUGGAUGAUUGGGCUUGCAUUGAUCGCUAUUGCCGUGACAGAUUGGUGUCUGUGUGUGAGUUCUACAUGUUUAUUCGUAAUAUCAGACAAGGCUACUACAAUGGGCGUACGAUACCUGAUCUGUAUCAGGAGUCGAUAAGAUUAAAGCUCCAAAUGUUUUAUGCGAGAAUGGGCACAUUAUCCCAAGCGCUUUAUAGAGUGGGAAUUAAAGGGGAUCUCAUUGGACACGCCUCAGCGCCUAAUAUGGUCAUUCCGCCACCUACUUGUUUCGAAAUCAAACAGGCAGAUGACGAUGGCAAUACGGCCAGUGCUACUACAUCUACCCUAUCUACUCAAAGCAAUUCAGACAUCUCGAUCAAGGUAUCCGACCAAGACCAAGAAGAUCAGGACGACGACGACGACGACGACGACGACGACGAUCACCGCCAAAAUGAGGAUAGACGCAACUCUGUGCAUCCAGGCAAUUCGGUAUGGUUGGCCCACUCGUUUUAA